AUGGCCGCCAAUCCACUCCAUUUUCCUCCACUUCGUACCUCCUCUGAGCUUGGCCCUCCUUCUGCGGGGCUAUCCUAUGCUGCAAACGUCUCAGCCUCUUCUUCCAAGCCGACUCUUUUCCCAGUGUCCUUCUUCUCCCCAGCCAAAAAUCUCUCCUUCAAAGCAGAUGAUCUCUCGGAAGGGAAGUCCAUCUGGACUUCGGCGCUCAUUGGUUACUCACUAGGGCCUCGCCCGUACUAUGAGCGGCUGCUCAAAGCGAUGCUGAAACUUUGGCAGCUCAAAGGUUCUAUGUCGCUCUUAUCUCUAGCAGACGGUUUCUUCUUACUCAAAUUCUCGACUGAGGAAGAUUUGGAGAUGGUUCUGUCUGGUGGACCGUGGUUCUUGCUUGGAAAACCGUUCAUCCUGCAGCGAUGGUCACCUAAAUUCAAGCCCAAGCGUGACGAGGAUGCUCCGAUCCCGAUCUGGAUAAAAAUUGUUGAUUUUCCACUAGCCCUCUGGACCCCCACUGGUAUCUCUAAAAUUUCCAGUUACGUUGGUAUACCGAUUUCUGUUGAUUCACUAACCGCAAAUCGUACUAGAUUAACGUUUGCUCGGGUUUGUGUUCUUAUUUCUAAGGACUCGGUUUUGCCGGAUGAAAUUCCCAUUGAAAUUGAAGGAGAUGAUUAA